UAAUUAAAUGUUAAAUAUAAAAAUGGUCGUGGAGUCCCAGACAAUCUCAGUGCAAGUGGCCUCGUGUGGCGCUGAGGACCGACUGCAGAGACAGCUGCGUACAUGUGCGCCAUGAUGAAGGGAAAACUCAUACAAUAUGCGUGCACGGUCGUUUUGACAAUACCCUGCUUCCAAGCAGCCUUCACCUUCGUCUGGCCAUCAUAUGCCAUACCCGCGCUCCAGAGUGACCGCUCGCCUUUGGGGUACAAGAUAUCGGAGAGAGAGGCCGGUCUCAUCAGCUCUUGCACCAUGCUGAGUCCGAUGAUAGUGACCAUGUUCGCCGGAACGCUCGCCGAUGUAUUCGGAAGAAAGAAGAUUUCAGUGGCGUGUGGCUUCAUCAUUCUUUCAUCCUGGAUACUAGUGCUCACGGCGAAGUCAGCAAGCCAAAUCCUCAUAGCUCGACUGAUCUGCGGACUGGCGUUCGGUUGCAACAUCAUUGUGGUCAUCAUGUACAUCGGCGAGCUGUGCCAGACCUCGACGCGCGCCACCGCCACCGUCAUCAUUACCUUCUUGUUUAGCAUUGGAGCCCUGGCAUCUUACUCGCUGGGCUGGGUCUGUUCCUAUGAGACCGUGUGCUAUUUCUGCAUCACAUUGUCCGUGAUCUACAUUAUAUUCAUGUUCGCCCUGGUUAAGGAGUCUCCGGUGUUUUUGGUCGGCAAAGGACGGGAAAAGGAAGCGUUACAUUGCUUAGCGUUUUAUCGCGGCGCGUCAGUCGUUACGGAACACGUCUUGGGCGAGCUCUCGUACAUGCGCAGUCAACACAACCAGAACAAACAAAAUCAUCCCAUUGAAGAAAAUGUACCUCAAUACGAAACCGAGAAGUUAACAGAAGAAAAAACAAGUUUGCCGCAAGAAGAAACAAGUGCAUGGAAAUUGCUUUUUGCAUCAACAUCAUCACGACGAGCCCUCAUCAGCAUGGUGUCGAUCAUGGUCCUGACGGUCUAUAUGGGGAUGGUCAGCGUUCAAGUGUACGCCGCACAACUAUUCACGAAGAUGGCUCCGAAUAUUUCACCAGAUCUCUGCUCAGUGAUUUUAGCUCUCGUCUUGGUGGCCUCCAGCUGUGUCGGCACAUUCACGAUGGAUUUGUUUAAAAGAAGGGAAAAGUAUUAUGACACAGAGAAGAUACCAGUCCCGUGGCUGGUGGCCAAGAUGUCUCAGCUUCACCUAGAGGUUUACACACACAACUAUACACUAAACUACCCUUUAGGACAAGGUCAGAUUUACAAAGGCACAAAUGUGUAUGGCAUCCUUAGAGCUGCUCGUACUCCUUCCUUGGAAGCUCUAGUAGUUUCUGCUCCAUUCAGACCCCUGUCUUCACAUCAGAAGAGCACAGCAGCUGGAAUUGCAUUAAUGUUGGCUUUUGCAGAGUUUGCUAGACCACAAAAAUAUUGGGCCAAAGAUAUAAUCUUCCUUGUAACGGAACAUGAGCAACUAGGAAUGCAGGCAUGGCUAGAAGCUUAUCAUGGCCUGCAAAGUGACUCUGAAACAUUUUACACUACUCUCGGCAGUUUUUGGAAGCCUGGUAGUUUUGGUCUUGACCUGACUAAUUUUUUCCCUGGAUUUGACUGGCUUGGGAGUCACAAGAAGUGUCUCAACCCUGGACAGUUGAAAGCCAGGUCUGGAGCAAUUCAAGCAGCUAUUAAUUUGGAGUUCCAUUCUCCAAAGAUAAAAUAUGUUGAAGUCAAAGUGGAAGGUUUGAAUGGACAACUACCAAACUUGGACCUGGUCAACUUGGUGCACAAGCUGUGUGUGAAGUCCGGUAUACACCACUCUUACAAGAACAGCUACUCCUGGGUCCGCAACCGAAAUAAAGUGGACGACUGGGUGAACAACAUCUGGACCAUGGUGGGGAUGGUCAGCACGCAACUGGCCGGGGUCCCCAACGGUAACCACGGGCUGUUCCACCGGUUCGGCAUAGAGGCCGUGACCCUGGAGGGCCGGGACUCCUCGGACGGGCCGGCGCCGCGCGUGCACUCGCUCUCCGCCGCUAACUUCCACCGCCUCGGCCUCGCGCUCGAGACCGUCCUCCGCUCCCUCAACAACUUGCUGGAGGCCUUCCACCAGAGCUACUUCUUCUACAUGCUGCCCGCCACCGAUCGGUUUGUGUCCAUCGGCCAGUACAUGCCCAGCCUGUGCCUGAUGUGCGCGGCCAUGCUGCUCCGCGCGCUGGCGCUGUGGGUGGGCGUCCAGCCGACACAGGAACGCAGCAGUCAAGCUGAAGACCCCGUAGACUCGGAGGCCAAAGAACCAGGAGAGCGACCGCCUGAACGACUAUCAGAAAGCUCAAACCAGCGAGUGCACAACAGGAAGACGAUCAAAGAAAAACAUAGUGAUUCUGAAUCUGAGAUACCAGGAGAACAGGAUGUUAAAGAAGUAGUACAGAGCUCAGACGAAAGGGUCGCGAACAGCCAAACCCAACUAAACUUCAGCAUGGUCAAUGUCGGUGCCAACUAUCUGUUGGUGCACGUGCUGGGGUACGCCGCCAUGAACUCGCCCGUCCUCUUCACGCAGCUCGGCGCCAAAUACUUUAGUCUGCCCUCCGAGGUGUCGGUGUACUACGGCCUGUGCGUGACCUCCGCCGUGCUGGUGGUGGCCGCGCCCGCCCUGCCGCGCCUGCUCCGCCGCGGCGCCCUCACGCACGAGGAGCUGACGCUGGUCAACAUCCUGGUGCUGAUCGAGCUGUCGACGCUGUGCCUCGCGCUGGGCAUGCACAACUUCCCGCUGGGGCUGGCGGUCGCGGCCCUCUACACGCCGGUCGCCCUGCUGUCAGGAGUUGUAGUCCGAGAACGGGGCUGGAUAAGCGUGUGGCUGCAGCGUGCUGCGUGCGCCGUGCUGCAGCCCCUGGGCGCCCUGACCGCCGCCAUGUGCGUGUACAGCGUCGCCGUGUACGGGGGGGCCGAGGGGGCCGCAGCCGCCGCGGGGAGGGGCCGGGACGCCGCCAUGCAGGCCGUCAUGUUCGCCGUGGCAGAUUCCCUGGUAACUCGCGUUGUUAAUGUUGUUGGUUCCACGCCGGUCGUACUCGCCAACGCUCGGACAGGCGUGCGUGUGUUCGUGCGUAGUGCGUGUAUGUGUGUGCAUCUGUGCGCGCGUAGUGCGUGUAUGUGUGUGCAUGCGUGCGUGUGUGCGUGCGUAGUGCGUGUAUGUGUGUGCAUCUGUGCGCGCGUAGUGCGUGUAUGUGUGUGCAUGCGUGCGUGUGUGCGUGCGUAGUGCGUGUAUGUGUGUGCAUCUGUGCGCGCGUAGUGCGUGUAUGUGUGUGCGUGCGUAGUGCGUGUGUGCAUGCGUGCGUGUGUGCGUGCGUAGUGCGUGUGUGCAUGCGUGCGUAUGUGCGUGCGUAGUGAGUGUGUGCGUGCGUAGUGCGUGUGUGCAUGCGUGUACAAUGGUACAGCGGCGACACGUUGCAGAUCUACGGCAACUGGGUGUUCAACGUGGCGGCGUCGGUGCUGCUGCCGGUGUGGGUGGUGCUCUGGCAGAUCGUCUGCAACAGCGUGGAGGGGCCUCCCCCCGCGCGCCGUUGACCCCAAGAUGCUAACGACAAGGAGUCUUGAAAUGGCGAAAAUUACAAUUGUUUUAAUUAAUGUUAAAGACUGUUUUAAAAAUAAAAAUAUUUAAUUAA